AUGAGUGGCAGGGAUAUGAGCAUGGCCUUAGUGUCUUCACCAUCUCUCCAGAAAUUGCAGACGCUCACCUUGUCUGACUGUAACAUUUCUGGUCCAUUGGUCGACUCACUUGAUCUUCAGUUGCAAUCACUAUCUAACUUGGAUUUAGGUCACAAUGACCUGCAACGUGUGCCCAAGUUCGUGGAAAACCUCACCUCCUUAACCAUUCUCAAGUUGUCCAGUUGUGGGCUACAGGGAAACUUUCCUUGGAGCAUUUUUUUGCUGCCUAAAUUGGUGAUUCUUAAUGUUUCAGACAAUGUUCAUUUGGCAGUAACAUUGCCACCAGGAAACCUUACAAGGAGCGUCAAUAUUAGAGAUCUGCAGCUCGCUUCUUUCAAAGAGCUGUCUGUUGGCCUCUUGAUGCCCUCAAAGCCCCCACCACAGCCACCGAUAGAUCUGAGAGCAAAUAAAAUGAAGGAAGCUAUCGUGUCAUCUUGUCGUUCGAGUAGAGUUUCCAUCAGGAACUCAUCCACCAACAAUCCACCAGGUUUGAUCCCCGAAGGGCAGCUUCAGCAUCUCGACCUUUCUGGUAACAACAUGGGAGGGAAAGUACCAUCUUGUUUAUGGAGCAUUACUGGUUUAGAAUCUCUAAUUCUUGAUCAUAACAAGCUAGAUGGAUUUCUGGAGCCAGCCAAUUUCAUCACAAGGGUUAUUGGCAGUCAAUUGUUUUUCUUGACAGCUUCAAACAACCAAAUCAGUGGAUCAAUCCCACUUUUUCUUUGCAACUUUAUUGUUGAAUCUAGCAUUUUGGACAUGUCAACCAAUGCUCUCACAGGUGCAAUACCAAAUUGCCUUUGCAAAGCAACUCGAUUGAAACUUAGAAAGAACCAAUUACAAGGACAUAUUCCGAUUGGAUUCAACGAUAUGGAACUCCUUGACUUGAAUGGCAAUAACUUGAUUGGCAAAAUUCCAAAAUCCCUUUCCAAUUGCACAAGCUUGGAAGCUCUAGAUUUGGGUAACAAUGAAUUAGAAGACACAUUUCCCAAUUGGCUAAGCCAACUAAGCAAGCUAAAAGUACUGGUUUUAAGAUCAAACCAUUUUUAUGGACCCAUUCCUGCCUUCGGUUCACUACAUUCAUUUCCAGCAUUGAAGAUUUUGGACAUAUCUAGCAAUCACUUUUCUGGGAAUCUGCCACGUGAAUUGUUUAAAGGACUUGAGGCCAUGAAGAGUAAAGCUUUAGGGGGUGAGGAUGUAUUUUCAAGAGAGUAUGGUGUUCAUGUGUCUGAAGUCUUCUCUUACAUCUAUCACUUACAUUGUCAAGUGGAGGAAAGAAUUAAAGGAAAGAUUUAUUCCAUAACAAGUUCGACAUGGCCCUUCAAUAAUAUUAUUGAAGUGUCCAACAAUAACUUUUUUGGGGAAAUUCCUAUCGAGAUAGGAAUGUUGAACUAUUUGCGUGGAUUUAAUGUUUCUGACAACCAUCUAAAUGGCUUCAUCCCCAAUUCAUUUGGCAAUCUUCUGCAACUAGAGUGGUUGGAACUUUCGCAGAACCAACUAACAGGAACCAUACCAGAGGGGCUUGCAGAUCUCACAUUUCUUUCCAUCUUAAACUUAUCAUAUAAUGAUUUGCAGGGAAGGAUACCUCAAGAAAAGCAAUUUAGCACUUUCGAUUCAUCUUGCUUUAAAGGAAACCCGAAGCUUUGUGGCCCACAGAUCAAGAGAGCAUGCCCUACUAAAACGAACGGUCACAAUGACAAUAUGAGCAAGCAAGAGGAGGAGACAGGGGUCUGGAUGUAUGGAUUGGUUGGAAUAGGAUUUGCAGUAGGAUUGAUGACCAUAACUCUGCCCCUUGUAUUCAUGGAAAGUAUACAAAACUGGUGUUGGGAUCAAACUGACAAGAUGAUACAAUUUAUCGGGAUCAAGAUGCAAAUUCGUCAUUCAAAAUUUGGCACGCAUAGGAUCCCAUGA